AUGGAAGGAAAUGUUUUAGAGAGCCCAACAAGAUACUUUGAAGAAUGGCUAUGUAAAUAUUAUGAAUCAGUGGAAAGUUCUGUGACACGUAUUUUGGAAGAGAAAAGAAAACUUCAAGAGGAAAUUGAUGAGAGGAAGGCUCAAUUCCAGAUUGGCUGGCAGAAAACAUCAUCGUACCCUGACUGGAGGAAAGAACUUUUCCAGGCUGCAAAUGUGAGUCUGGACCCAGACACAGCCCAUCCUAACCUCAGCUUGUCUGAAGAGAGAAGAUGUGUAACCUGGAGUGAGAAGCCUCAAGAUCUACCUGAUAAGCCACAGAGAUUUAAUUCACUUCCCUGUGUGCUGGGUCAGCAAGUCGGCACCUCAGGGAGGUGCUACUGGGAGGUGGAGGUUGGGAACAGUGGAGCCUGGGACCUAGGCAUUUGUAGGGAUAGUGUAAUGAGGAAGGGGAGGGUUGUCUUAAAACCUGAGGAUGGUUUCUGGGCCAUCAGGUUUUAUAAGAAUGAGUACUGGGCACUGACCUCUCCAGAAACACAGCUUAUUCUAAAAACUCCCCCUGCCAGAGUAUGUAUUUUCCUAGAAUGUGAGGAUAGAUGUAUCUCAUUUUAUAAUAUGACAGAUAAAUCCCACAUUCAUACCUUUAAUCAGUGUCGCUUCUAUGGGUCCUUAAGGCCUUUCUUCAGACUUUGGUCUGGUGAUUCAGGUCACCUGACCAUCUUGUCCAGUGACUGAAACAGCACAACCUGAUGAUAACGCUCACCGUGCCCAGUCCUGUCCUGGGAACAUCAUAUACCCUGCCAGUCAUGGAGGAUAGAUGCAUCUAGUUGUGGGGUGAAUUCUCCCAUACCAGGAGCAAAUUAUUUUUCUCAUUUUUUCCAUGGCUUUUCCUACCUUUUUAUCUCCCUCAUAAAUUGGCUCACAAAAGCUAGGUGCAGUGUUCGAAAGUGUGUGUUGCUUGCGGUAUGUUUGUUUAAUGUAAAUAUAUAUUUACAUUAAAUAUGAUAUAGUAUGUACUACAGUAUAGUAUAUUUAUUGUAGUAAAUACAUGUAUCAUAUAUAUGCACUCACGUAAUAUAAUCAUAUUAUCAUUGUAAAUAUACACAAAGAACUAGUGUCUGUGAUUGUCUAUAUGGUGUAGAAAGUUCUUGAAUAUUGGACAAGGGUAGGAAUUAUGGGAGAUUAACUUUUCAUUUUGUAUUCUCUUGUGCCUUUGGUUUUUAUGCUGUGUUUAUAAAGUGAGUAUUCAGGAAAAAAAUGUUUUAAAU